AUGGAAGUAGAAGUUUUAGACUAUAUGUAUGUUAAAGGAGGAGGGCAGUGUCUCUCAUAUUUCUUUUCAUGGUUCACAUGUGAAAGACUGUGGUUUUUGAGGCUGUCUGUAAAUAAAAAAAAGAGAGAUCUCUGCUGGAGUGAAAAUCAUACCAGUUCACUUGUAUGGUAUGCCAGGGUUUGGAUCCCUGAUCCAGAGGAGGUCUGGAAGUCAGCAGAACUUCUCAAAGAUUAUAAACCUGGAGAUAAAGUCCUCCAGCUUCGACUUGAGGAGGGCAAGGAUCUCGAGUAUUGCCUCGACCCGAAGACGAAGGAGCUCCCGCCCCUGCGGAACCCUGACAUCCUCGUGGGUGAAAAUGACCUGACAGCUCUCAGUUAUCUCCACGAGCCUGCUGUCCUGCACAACCUCAAAGUUCGCUUUAUAGACUCGAAACUCAUCUAUACCUAUUGUGGUAUUGUUUUAGUGGCCAUAAAUCCUUAUGAACAGCUGCCUAUCUAUGGCGAAGAUAUCAUCAAUGCCUACAGUGGCCAAAAUAUGGGGGAUAUGGAUCCACAUAUCUUUGCAGUGGCUGAAGAAGCAUACAAGCAGAUGGCCAGAGAUGAGCGAAAUCAGUCAAUCAUUGUCAGUGGGGAAUCUGGAGCUGGGAAGACUGUCUCUGCCAAGUAUGCCAUGAGGUACUUUGCCACGGUCAGUGGAUCUGCCAGUGAAGCCAAUGUUGAGGAGAAGGUCUUGGCCUCCAACCCCAUCAUGGAGUCUAUUGGAAAUGCCAAAACUACCAGGAACGACAACAGCAGUCGCUUUGGGAAAUACAUUGAAAUUGGUUUUGAUAAGAGGUAUCGAAUCAUUGGUGCUAACAUGAGAACUUACCUCUUGGAAAAAUCAAGAGUGGUGUUUCAGGCAGAAGAAGAGAGAAAUUACCACAUCUUUUACCAGCUUUGUGCCUCUGCAGCACUGCCCGAGUUUAAAACUCUGCGAUUAGGGAAUGCAAAUUACUUUCACUAUACGAAGCAAGGUGGAAGCCCUGUGAUUGAUGGUGUGGAUGAUGCCAAGGAAAUGGCGAACACCAGGCAGGCCUGCACUUUGCUAGGGAUUAGUGAUUCGUACCAGAUGGGAAUUUUUAGAAUCCUUGCUGGCAUCCUUCACUUGGGCAACGUGGAGUUUGCAUCUCGGGAUUCUGACAGCUGCACUGUUCCUCCCAAGCAUGAGCCCCUCACCAUCUUCUGUGACCUCAUGGGUGUGGAGUACGAGGAGAUGGCCCACUGGCUUUGCCAUAGGAAGCUCGCCACUGCCACUGAAACCUACAUCAAGCCAAUUUCCAAACUUCAUGCCAUCAAUGCCAGAGAUGCACUUGCCAAACAUAUCUAUGCUAAUCUCUUUAACUGGAUUGUAGAUCAUGUCAACAAAGCCCUUCACGCUACUGUAAAACAGCAUUCUUUCAUCGGGGUAUUGGACAUCUAUGGAUUUGAAACAUUCGAAAUCAACAGCUUUGAACAGUUCUGUAUCAACUAUGCCAAUGAAAAACUGCAGCAGCAGUUCAAUAUGCAUGUCUUUAAGCUGGAACAAGAAGAAUAUAUGAAGGAACAAAUACCGUGGACCUUGAUUGAUUUCUAUGACAAUCAGCCUUGUAUCAACCUCAUAGAGGCCAAAAUGGGAGUUCUGGAUCUGUUGGAUGAGGAGUGCAAGAUGCCAAAAGGCUCAGAUGACUCUUGGGCCCAAAAACUAUACAAUACUCAUUUGAAUAAAUGUGCUCUCUUUGAAAAACCACGUAUGUCAAACAAGGCCUUUAUCAUCAAGCACUUUGCUGACAAGGUGGAAUAUCAAUGUGAAGGCUUUUUGGAAAAGAAUAAAGACACAGUUUAUGAAGAGCAAAUUAAGGUCCUAAAAUCAAGUAAGAAGUUUAAGCUGCUACCAGAGUUAUUCCAGGAUGAGGAGAAGGUCCUCAGUCCUACAUCAGCAACCCCUUCAGGGCGUGUGCCUCUGUCUCGAAUGCCUAUCAAACCUGCCAAGGCCAGGCCAGGUCAGGCCAGCAAGGAGCAUAAGAAAACUGUGGGACAUCAGUUUCGGAACUCUCUUCAUCUGCUGAUGGAAACCCUGAACGCUACAACUCCACACUACGUGCGCUGUAUUAAGCCAAAUGACUUCAAGUUUCCGUUCACGUUUGAUGAAAAGCGGGCAGUGCAGCAGCUGAGAGCUUGUGGUGUCCUGGAGACCAUCCGAAUCAGUGCUGCUGGCUUCCCCUCCAGGUGGACGUACCAAGAGUUCUUCAGCCGUUACCGGGUUCUGAUGAAGCAGAGAGAUGUCCUUGGUGACCGAAAGCAGACUUGUAAAAAUGUCCUGGAGAAGCUGAUUCAGGACAAGGAUAAGUACCAGUUUGGUAAGACAAAAAUAUUUUUCCGGGCUGGUCAAGUAGCCUACCUAGAAAAAAUAAGGGCAGAUAAGUUGAGAGCUGCCUGUAUCCGCAUCCAAAAGACGAUCCGAGGCUGGCUGAUGAGGAAGAAGUACAUUCGUAUGAGGAAGGCUGCCAUCACCAUCCAGAGACAUGUCAGAGGGUACCAGGCACGAUGCUAUGCCAAGUUCCUGCGGAGAACACGAGCUGCCAUCACCAUUCAGAAGUUCCAGCGCAUGUACGUGGUCCGCAAGAGAUACCAGUGCAUGCGAGAUGCUACUAUUGCUCUUCAGGCCCUCCUAAGAGGUUACAUGGUCAGAAACAAGUACCAGAUGAUGCUGCGGGAGCACAAGUCUGUGGUUAUCCAGAAGCACGUGAGGGGCUGGCUGGCCCGGCGGCGCUACCGCCGCACGCUGAGGGCCAUCGUGUACCUGCAAUGCUGCUACCGCCGCAUGAUGGCCAAGAGGGAGCUCAAGAAGCUGAAGAUAGAGGCCCGCUCCGUGGAGCGCUACAAGAAGCUUCACAUUGGCCUGGAGAACAAGAUCAUGCAGCUGCAGCGAAAAAUCGAUGAGCAGAACAAAGAGUACAAAUCCCUGCUGGAGAAGAUGAACAACCUGGAGAUCACGUACAGCACGGAGACGGAGAAGCUGCGGAGCGAUGUGGAGAGGCUUCGGAUGAGUGAGGAGGAGGCCAAGAACGCCACCAACCGUGUCAUCAGCCUCCAGGAGGAGAUCGCCAAGCUCCGCAAGGAGCUGCACCAGACCCAGUCGGAGAAGAAGAGCAUUGAGGAAUGGGCAGACAAAUAUAAGCAUGAAACUGAGCAGCUGGUAUCAGAGCUGAAAGAGCAGAACUCAUUACUGAAAACAGAAAAAGAGGACCUGAACCGCCGCAUCCAUGACCAGGCGAGGGAAAUAACAGAGUCGAUGGAGAAGAAGCUGGUGGAGGAGACAAAGCAGCUGGAGCUGGACCUGAAUGAUGAACGGUUACGGUACCAGAACCUGCUGAAUGAGUUCAGCCGCCUGGAGGAGCGCUACGAUGAUCUCAAGGAUGAAAUGAACCUCAUGGUGAGCAUCCCCAAGCCUGGGCACAAAAGAACAGACUCAACUCACAGUAGCAAUGAAUCUGAAUAUACUUUCAGCUCUGAGAUCACAGAAGCAGAAGACUUACCACUAAGGAUGGAGCAGGAGCCUAGUGAGAAAAAAGCAGCGCUGGACAUGUCUCUGUUCCUCAAGCUGCAGAAACGGGUUUCAGAACUGGAGCAGGAAAAGCAGUCCCUGCAGGAUGAACUGGACAGAAAGGAGGAACAGGCUCUCCGUGCUAAAGCUAAGGAGGAAGAAAGGCCUCCCAUAAGAGGUGCAGAGUUGGAGUAUGAGUCACUCAAGCGUCAAGAGCUUGAAUCUGAGAAUAAAAAACUGAAGAAUGAGUUGAAUGAGCUGCAGAAGGCCCUCACAGAGACACGAGCUCCAGAGGUGACUGCUCCUGGUGCCCCAGCAUACAGAGUCCUCCUGGACCAGCUGACCUCGGUCAGUGAAGAGCUUGAAGUACGCAAGGAAGAAGUUCUCAUCCUGAGGUCUCAGCUUGUUAGCCAGAAGGAGGCAAUUCAGCCCAAGGAGGACAAGCAUACAAUGACAGAUGCUACAAUCCUCUUGGAGGAUGUACAGAAGAUGAAAGACAAAGGAGAAAUAGCACAGGCAUAUAUUGGUCUGAAGGAAACAAACAGGCUGCUGGAGUCCCAGCUUCAGUCGCAGAAGAAGAGCCACGAGAAUGAGCUGGAAUCGCUGCGAGGUGAGAUCCAGAGUCUGAAGGAGGAAAACAAUCGGCAGCAGCAGCUCCUGGCCCAGAACCUGCAGCUGCCUCCCGAGGCGCGCAUUGAGGCCAGUCUGCAGCAUGAGAUCACCCGGCUGACUAAUGAGAACUUGUUUUAUGAGGAGUUGUAUGCAGAUGAUCCCAAGAAGUAUCAGUUGUACCGGAUUUCCCUUUACAAGCGGAUGAUUGAUUUAAUGGAGCAGCUGGAAAAGCAGGACAAAACUGUUCGCAAGUUAAAGAAGCAGUUGAAAGUAUUUGCUAAGAAGAUCGGUGAACUCGAAGUGGGCCAGAUGGAGAAUAUAUCACCUGGACAAAUCAUUGAUGAACCUAUUCGUCCGGUUAACAUUCCACGGAAAGAAAAGGACUUCCAAGGGAUGUUGGAAUAUAAGAAGGAAGAUGAACAAAAACUUGUCAAGAAUCUUAUUUUAGAGCUGAAACCACGUGGGGUAGCUGUCAACCUGAUUCCAGGACUACCAGCAUAUAUUUUGUUCAUGUGUGUGCGCCAUGCAGAUUACCUUAAUGAUGACCAGAAAGUGCGGUCGUUGUUGACUUCCACUAUCAAUGGCAUCAAAAAAGUGUUAAAGAAAAGAGGCGAUGACUUUGAAACAGUUUCCUUCUGGCUGUCGAACACCUGCCGAUUUUUGCACUGUUUGAAGCAGUACAGUGGAGAAGAGGGGUUCAUGAAGCAUAAUACACCUCGUCAAAAUGAACACUGCCUCACUAAUUUUGAUUUAGCUGAAUACAGACAAGUACUGAGUGACUUGGCUAUUCAGAUCUACCAACAACUUGUCCGAGUGUUGGAAAAUAUUCUGCAACCAAUGAUUGUUUCAGGAAUGCUGGAGCACGAGACCAUCCAGGGUGUCUCAGGGGUGAAGCCGACAGGGCUGCGGAAGAGAACAUCCAGCAUUGCUGAUGAGGGCACCUACACCUUGGACUCCAUCAUCCGGCAGCUGAACUCCUUCCACUCGGUGAUGUGUCAGCAUGGAAUGGACCCAGAGCUGAUCAAACAGGUGGUCAAGCAGAUGUUCUACAUCAUCGGGGCUGUAACGCUCAAUAACCUCCUCCUGCGCAAGGACAUGUGCUCCUGGAGCAAGGGAAUGCAGAUAAGAUACAAUGUGAGUCAACUGGAAGAAUGGCUACGUGAUAAAAAUUUGAUGAAUAGUGGUGCUAAGGAAACCCUGGAACCCCUCAUCCAGGCUGCACAGUUGCUGCAGGUAAAAAAGAAAACAGAUGAAGAUGCAGAAGCCAUUUGUUCAAUGUGCAACGCACUGACUACUGCCCAGAUUGUAAAAGUUCUGAAUUUGUAUACUCCAGUUAAUGAGUUUGAAGAGAGAGUCUUGGUGUCAUUUAUACGUACAAUACAGGUGCGUCUGCGAGACAGGAAGGACUCUCCUCAGUUGCUCAUGGAUGCUAAACACAUCUUCCCUGUUACUUUUCCGUUUAAUCCAUCCUCUCUGGCUUUAGAAACCAUUCAGAUCCCAGCCAGCUUGGGCCUGGGUUUCAUAUCACGUGUCUGAUCGCAAGGAUGUCCCGUCAGUGUUAGAUGGAGAAGCGGUUGCCUGAUCUCUGUACCUGUUCAAACAUAGUGAGCCACUAAACCCACCUUUUCUGAACAAAAGCCUGUCUAAGCCCAGAUGUGUAGUUGAGGUAGCUGGAAACUGCCCAGCAGCACCACAGACUGAAUGCUCCUAGGAAGAUGUGCAUUUGUGCUCGCUCAUUGCAUUUAUGAGGACACCACUGAUUCAUACGUUUCCAGAGUAUGGAAAUCGGGCUUGGACAAAAAUUGUGUCUUCAGCUGUCUAGAGACAUUUUUAGAUCUUUAGUAACAUAUUUAAAUAGUGUAAAUUAAAAUCCAUAUGUAAUCUUCUCAUGGGUGGGGACCAAUAGGGACAGUCACAGUCCUGGACAUGGAAGACUUGAAAGUAAGGCAUUUUGUAGUAGAAUACACAGUCACGUGGGAGCCUGUUACAUUUAAUUUGUAAAAACUGGAAUGGAAAAACACAAACUGGCAAUAUAUAAAGUUAUUUCUUAAACCACUUCCUCAUUCAUGUCAGUUUGAAAUAAACUGUAGUGGUAAGUCUUAUAGCUCACUAUAUGCUCCUAGGUGUUCAUUUGUUAGAACUGUGGUUUACCAAGCAAACUAAAUCGCUGCUGCAUAUUCUGUUGUUUUAAAUGUGUGACAGUAUCAUACUAAGCACUAAAAAUAAGAUACUUCAUUUUUUGUUGUCAACCUUAUUUACAGUCUGUUGCAGUCUGUUAUUUUAACUGGAUUUUUGCACAUUGUAUCAAGUAACACCUGUAGAGGAAAACGGUAACUAAGCACAAGUAGCACACUGGAAAUUAUAUGUUUAGUUAUUUUUAAAAGUAGUUAGUUUAAAAUACAGAAUCUUGAAGCAAACGAUCAGAAGUCAGUAAUGAUUUUAAGUAUUUAUUAAGGUUAUAGAGCCUGUCUAAUGUUGUUCUUUGUAGACCCCAGAGAUGACGAUGUGUAUUUUGAGUAUAAUGUCUUGGGCUUUUGCCACUUAAAAAAAAAAAACAAACCAGAGAAAAGUCUUCUUUCACACUGGAAUAUGUGAGGAAAAACUUUAAUAGAAAAAAUCUGCAGUAGCCCAAGGCUCUCAUUCUUAGAAAGGUUGACUAACAAGAAAGUUAAGUAGGUUUUGACUAUGAUGCUGUCACUUGACUAUGAUUCAUGCUGAUUUAAUGGUUGGAAAUCAGAGUGCAUAAUGAGAAACUGAGUUAUUUUGAAUGUUGCACAUUUUACUGGAAAGAUUCUUCUGUCUCACACAUUUUGGGUCUGCUAUAUAAAAUUCACAUUUCACAGUGUGGGGCAUAAGCACAGAAGCCUCACGUAAGGUUCCAGUUCUGUGGUGUAUGGCUCAAAUAUACAUGUAAAAAUAAAGCCACACACAUUGCUCAGUUGCAUUGUGCAAUAUUUUUAAUGUAUUAUAAUAAUCUGCAUCUUAGUGUUAACAUUAAUUUAUUUUACAAUAUUGAUAAAUAACCUAGAGGUACACUAUUAGACUGUUGGGUGCUCCUCUGUUUGCCUGCAGAUUCACAGAGAAAAGAUUUGCUGUUAAGCAGACUGAAACAUUUCAGUUUUGUUUUACUUGAGAGGCAGACGUGCUGUUUGUAUGGUUGCUAAAGUUGGAAAUAAAGACAACAUAAACUUUGUCAGUAUCAUUUUAAGAUGCUCCUUUCAUCUUGUAUUCAAAUGGCCCAUAUUACAUUUGAUGGAUCAUGUCAGUACUCCCAGAAACUCAGUACUGCAUUGUAAAAAGGUUCUGAAUGAUCUUUGCUGAACGAUUUAGAUUGUUUUCCUCUGCAUGGUAUACCAAACACUCCUUUUCCAAAUGUUACUUGGUUUCUGAGAUUCUGGCUGCUGUCAAGUGGCUCCAAAUAAGGUGUAAGGUCAUUUUCAGACUGUCAGGGUACUGUACUUGUGAGAAUGUCAUGGCAAAGCCUUCACAUCCAGUAACAGGGUUAGGAAAGAAAACACAUGAGAACAUGCUGACCUACCAGUUUUUUUCUCCUAUUGAAAACCAAACAAUUGGCAUUACAGUAUGUUCAUACUGUAGAUCAGGAAAUGUAUCCACUACUUCAGCGUUAGUAUUUAAAAUGUAUGCCUAAAUGUAUUUUUGUUUAUCUUUAAAUUUUGUUUACCUGUAAAAAGCCUUAUCGUAUCAUUUCCUUAAAAAAAAGUAGUGCUUAGUAAUUUAUAGGUAUCAUCCUUAAACUCAGUGGUUUGACUGGUUUGACUUUUAUAUCACGUUAAAAGUACAUGCUGCUUGACAUGUUUUAAAGGAGAAUAUUUUUGAGUUGGAAUAGAUGUAUUGAUGGUAAUUCAUCUAACAUUUUACAUGACAGUAUUUUACAUGCACUUUUCAGAAGUAAAAUUUUAGUGUGAGUGUAUAAUAUAACUUUCACCUUAGGACUAAAAUCUCUUUAACCAUGGAAUAUAAUGCAGAAAUACUUAAAAAAACUUUUUCCUUUGAAUCAUUGUUAUGCUCUCUUAAUGUGGACAUAUCUUUUAUAUUUUAAUUUAUUAUCUGUUGAGAUGAGAGAUUUUAUCAGAUGCUGGAAAAAUACUUGUCAGUGACCCCUUAGAAAUAUAUACAGUUAUUCUACAGAUUUUGCACAAUAAUUACCUCAUUCAGUUUGGUGUAUUUUUAUUCCAGUGAUCAUUUUAUUCUGAUGUUUAGGACACAGUCUUCUACCCAAAUUUUGAAAAAUUGCUCCUCACACUUCAAACUGGGAUGGAACAUAAAAGUGCUUAAUGCAGUUAAAUGAGAUUAAUCUAUCACAGGAAAAAGCAGCAUCAGCUUCAUUGAAAGUGGAUUGAUAUCCAGCAACAUUUGUUCCCAACUUGGAAACACCAGCAAUUGCAAUUCAAAGGUCUAUAUGUAAUUUGUGAUUUAAACUGAACACAUUUCAAGUACCAUGCUAAAAUUAUGAGUAAACACUUGGGUUUUUUAAGAUGCUGAUACUUCAUGCGAUGAGUAAAAGCCUUUAAACAUAGGUUUUCACUUGAUGCCACUACCGUACAUAGAUGAAAAACAAAACAUUGUCAGAAUUACCUGAGCUCUGAUCUGUUGUAAUGUCUGAUGUUGUACUUAGUAAAUGUAUGCAUCAUAGAAACUGUAGCCUAAUAGCUAUCACUGGAAAAUGUCCAAAUAAAAGUACAACUGUACAGUUUGUUUCAGGUUUUUUUGGUUGGUUGGUGGCUCAUGAGCUGUGUGCUGGCACAGACCCCAGAUGGUCACAGGGUUCCCUCUGCCUCCAUGGCAGGCCUGCUGUUGACUGCCAAGGGAGUUGGUUAAAAUCUGAGGAUGUGUAAAUACACACCCAGAUAGCAGCGGUGUGCCAUAAACUGCUGUGCUUACGGGCAAAUACUUUGUUCAACGAAACCCAUUUCUAGUUAGGGUGUUCUGUCAUCUAAUAUUAACUGUUCCUGAAAUAAAGUUGGAGUAACUUCA